UAACAAUUAAAGUCGAGACUAGAGACUCGAGACUCGAGACUCUCUAUAAACACCUAAAAUCCCUAGACCUGGAAAACAAAAAUAUCUUCAUCGCCUCUCGAAAAACCUAGCGCAGCAGUCGCCAUGGACGAAUCCGCCAAGAAAGUAAUUCUUCUUCGAUCCUUAUCGCUUUCUGAAUUAUAGUUUCUUCUUCGUAGGAUUAGAUCUUUUGUAACGUAGGGUCUGGAAUUGAACGGCAGUGAUGCAGAGAUUCGAAAAAGCAGCAUUAGGAGAAUUUCCGUUGAAGGAUACGACACCUCCCUUCGUCUGGAGGAUGUCGAUGAGGCUUUGAGAAAAUAUUUUGCUUCAUGUGGAAAAAUAAUUCAUGUUUCUAUUCCCAGAAACAGUGACUGGACGAUUCUCUGCCAGUUUGUGGCUUCCCCCUUUCCCUCAAAUUAACUGCUGCUUAACUAUAUACUUAACUUGUUUGCUUUUGUUUUACAUAUACGCCUUCGUUUAUUUUAAUGAUGAAGAUGAAGAAAAGGCGUUGAGGCUUGAUGGAAGUGACAUGGGAGGCAAGAUUUUGCAAAUCAAGUCUUACCCGUUUCACGAAACUUACCUUAAUCAUGCCUUGGACCCGAUGAAAGGAGUCCUUAAGUACCAACACACGGCCAAGGUUACGGGAUAUGACAAUUCCCUUUCUCUCGAUGCUGUCCAGAAGGAGAUAGAAGAAUAUUUCUCUGCAUGUGGUUCUUUUGUUUACCCCCACAAAACCUCUGCUCGUACUACCAAAAUCAAAUCUUAUAUUUAUCUCAAUGGUCAAGAGGCUGUAGACAAGGCUCUGGAACGUAGUGGAGGCUUGAAUCUUGUAGUUACUAAGGUUGAGCCAAUUCCAAAAACCCCAGAGAAGUCUGGCUACAUUCCCCCACGUAUCUACGCUCGCUUCAAGGAGCAGAUAGAUGAUCCUAAACUAUAUUUCAUUAUUGAUCCUAAGAGUGAGACUUCGGAUAGGGAAAUCAGAAGAAGAAGAAAAAGACUAAGACCAGGGAGGGAAAUCAGAAGAAGAGGAGUGAGACUACGGAGGGAAAUCAGAAGAAGAAGGGCAAGACCAAGGAGGGAAAUCAGAAGAAGAAGAGCAAGACCAAGGAGAGAAAUCAGAAGGAGGAGGGAAAUCAGAAGGGAGUAGUAGAAAUCUCUUUCUGAGGAGAAGACAUAUGCUUUUUGUGAUAUAACUUGUGUGCAAUGCGACCCUUCUUUUCUUGUCUGGAUACUUAAAUGUUUUAUGCUCUUGUAUUUGUGUUGAUCUUUAAUAACCUAAGACGGAUCAGAUUUAAAA